UCUAGGCCAGAGCGAGGCUCGUUUCCUCUCGACCACGACGGAGAAUGUAAAGAGAUUAUGCUCUCGUACCUCCGAUGCAUCAAAUCCCACCGCGGGACUAACGAUCCCGAAUGCCGCAACCUCUCCAAAUCAUACCUAUCAUGCCGUAUGGACCGGAAUCUCAUGGCCCCUGAUUCGUUCAGAAACCUAGGCUUCGGUGACGACAGU